CAGGAUGGUGAUAUUGGUCCUUUACUGCUCGUUUCUAUGGUAUGCACGGGCACCACGACAUUCAGUUUCCAGUCGAACGUAUACACAGACUGCUGAGGAAGGGUAACUACGCGGAGCGCGUCGGUGUCGGUGCACCCGUAUACCUGGCGGCCGUCAUGGAAUACCUCGCCGCUGAAGUUCUCGAGUUGGCCUGCAACGCUGCCCGCGACAACAAAAAGACUAGGAUUAUACCGAGACAUCUUCAGUUCCGUAACGACGUGGAGCUGAACAAGUUACUUUCGGGCGUGACGAUCGCACAAGACGGCGUCCUCUCUAACAUCCAAGCCGUUCUGCUGCCCAAGAAAACCGAGAAGAAGGGUUCUAAGCAGACAGCCCGAAAAUCUACCGGUGGUAAGACGCCGCACAAGCAGCUCGCCAUCAAGCUCGCUCGCAAGAGUGCUCCCGCCACGGGAGGAGUCAAGAAGCUUCAUCGUUAUAGACCCGGUAACGUAGUUCAUCGUGAAAUCCGUCGUUACCAGAAGAGCACGGAGCUUCUGAUUCGCAAGCUGCCAUUCCAGCGUCUGGUCCGUGAGAUCGCUCAAGACUUCAAAACCGAUCUCCGACUCCAGAGUUCGGCAGUUAUGGCGCUCCAAGAAGCUAGCGAAGCUUACCUCAUCGGUCUCUUCGAAGACACGAACUAUAUGAGAUAUAAGCAGACCCUAUGCUGA